AUGUCGACUCGCGGACGCGAACGCGGGCGAGGUAGAGGCGGACUAGGCAAUGCUAUGCCUGAAGCGACAGGGAAUAUUCCUAAUCCUGUAGACUUCAUGGCUGCUCUCGGGAAUAUGGCCGCGGCGAUGCAAGCGACAGCCGAAGCCUUGGGAAACCAAAUAAAUAAUGGUAACAAUGGCAACAACGGCGAUGAUGAUCCUUUGACGCUUUCCUCCUUCCUGAAGGCUCAGCAGGUUCCUGAAGAACAGUGGGUUGAGUUUGAGACCUACCAGCUGCAAGGUGAAGCUCAGCAUUGGUGGCAGGGCAUGAGGCGCAUUCUGCAGCCUGAUGGGUGUAUCAAGUAUGAGGGAGGUCUUAGGAGCCAUAUUCUGAGCUUCGUUGCACCGAUAGAGAUCAGAACCUUCUCUAAACUGGUAAACAAAACCAGAGUUACUGAAGAAUGUUUGAGAAAGGCGGCAUUAGACAAGAGUGAUCACCGAAGCUCUGUUAGGGAAGAUCACGGAAGAAAUUUAGCACCUAGAGGUCAAUAUUUCAAGCGAGGCGGAAAUACUCCACAGCAACAUCAAGGCCAGGGUAGCUUCCGGAGGUUUAAUAAUAACAAUAACCAGGGAAAAGGAUGCGAAAAACAGGCUCAGUUUCCGCAGGAUGACUUGACUUGCAGGAGUUGUGGAAGGUACCACCCGAACACUCCGUGUAGGGCCGGUUGGGAUGUCUGUUAUUACUGUGGAGGAGCUAGGCAUAUGUCUUGGAAUUGCCCAGAAAAAAAGAGUCAGGAAGCUAGGAGAGCUCCGCAGGCGGGACAAGCGUACACUAUGAGGGCGGAUGGUGCUGAGGGCACAGAUGCUCCGAUUAGAGGUAAUGAUGAACUGGUAAUUAAAAUUUGGACUGCUUUACAUGAUGGUGAUUUGUAA